CUAUAUAUAAGAGACUUUGGCUACUUUAUCAUAGCAUAAUAAUUCAGAGCAUUGUCCUUUACACAAGAGUACAGCAAUGAAUUUCUCAAUUGAAUUUGACGAAACAACGCUGAUAAAGAUUGCAAAACCGUUGCUGUUGGUGGAGUUCAUUCUAGGAUCAAUUGGUAAUGCAAUUGCUUUGUGGAUCUUUUGCUUUCGGAUGAAACCUUGGAAACCAAGUACUAUUUAUUUGUUUAAUCUGACGAUAGCAGAUUUUCUCUUGAUGUGUUGCUUACCAUUUCGACUGGCUUACUACGCCAACCAAAAGGACUGGAUUUUUGGAGAUGUUGCUUGUCGCAUGCUGUUAUUUAUGGUGUCUUUGAAUCGUGCAGGUAGCAUUGCUUUUCUCACACUUGUGGCAAUAGAUCGCUAUUUUAAAGUUGUCCUUCCUCACCAUAAACUCAAUUCUAUGUCACAAAGAUAUGCUACAGUGGGAGUAACUUUUAUAUGGGCUCUAAUGAUAUUAAUGACCUCAUAUCUUCUCUUUGAAAGACAUGUAUUUGAACAGAAGAACCUUACAUACUGUGAGAGUUUCAACUUGUACGAAUCUUUCAAUGUUGCUGCAACUUGGCAUGAUAUGUUUUUUGUUAUUGAGUUUGUAGGACCACUUUGUAUCAUUCUUUUUUGUACAUUCUCAAUUAUUUCAAAACUUCAGCACAAGAAAAGCGAAAUUAGAAGAAAAUACAAAAAAGCUAUACGAAUUGUAAUAAUUGUUGUAAUAGUGUUCAUUCUCUGUUUUCUGCCCAGCAACAUUGGUAGGCUAGUUGUGCUAGCACAAUCAAGCAAGUUUGAAAAUAGUGAGGCAUACAAGGCUGCUAUUGAGGGAUUUUAUAUUACGCUUUGUCUCACUUACAUUAACAGCAUGCUCGAUCCAAUUGUCUAUUACUUCUCAAGUUCAAAGUUUAAAAAUGCUUUACAUCAAAAGAAUUCACACAAGGCGGAAAGGAAAAAGACUGGAAACUCGUCUUGCACUUCUGACAGCAACAGUGAACAGGUGUACUUAAGGAAAAUAUGAUAAAUGGAUCAACAACAGCUUCAAAUUAUUUAGCAUGGAUAACAGACUUGCAUUUAAGCUGAACUGUGUGGCUUAAAAAAUAAGGCAAACCAAUCUCUUGUGCUUACUAUGAAGGCAGCAUAAUGCAACAUCCCCACCAAGCUUACGCAGGAAAUGUAGACAGAGAAUCUGUGGAACGUUGGACAAUUGGAGCAAAUGAUGUAUGAGCUGCAGCUGGAGAUUGAACAGCGUCAGUUGUGUGGGCCAUCUUCCUAAAGGUACACUUCAUCCUGUCCUCUACAGACCCUUGUCUAUUUCCACCUGUCUCAAGAACAACAGGUGAUCAGAGAGGUCCCAGCAUAUUUCUUUGCCAGUGUAUUAUUCUACUAUGUGUGACCAAUCACCUGGUCCUUACCUCAGUUGGACCAAUCAAGGCCCAUAUUAUCUGUAUGUUCAAAAUGUGUGGAAUUUGUAAUAUUGCAUGUUCUGUAAUAUACCCUGACCUGAGAAAGUGUGUAAUUUGGUUUUCAGCAUAAAAUGUAUAAACAAUGGAAAACUUCAUUAACUACCAUUAAUUGAACAACCUAAAUGUCAGGAAGAUGAAUCUUUUUUUGUUAUAAUCCUAUUAAACACUUAAUAUGCGAAUUGCUUCUGUACAGUUGCCAUUGCAAAUUGUGAUAGCUACAAAAUGCAAAACGGAAGCAGUAAAAGUACAUUUUAACAUUGUAAUUUGUUUUAAUUUGAGUGCAUUAAACAUUUGUGAAACAAUA